AGCCCCAGAGAACUUGGCUAGGCCCUUGGUACUCCCACUUCUUCAAAGCCAGGAGACAGGAGGAGUGUUCUCCUUCUGUGACUAGGCACAAGUUCCAAGUGGGGAGGGGACUGGCUCAGCAUCCGGAGCCAAAACAAGAAUAGAACUGGGAGCUGAGCCUGAAGCAGUUCGAGCUUUGGGUUCUCUGCAUCGACAUUGCCAGCAUGCCUAUGAUCUCUGUGCUGGGCAAAAUGUUUCUGUGGCAGCGUGAAGGGCCCGGAGGAAGAUGGACUUGUCAGACAAGUCGCAGAGUGGCUUCGGACCCUGCCUGGGCUGUGGAGUGGAUCGAACUCCCUCGUGGUCUUUCUCUGUCUUCCUUGGGAUCUGCUCGGACUCUCCGAGGCUGGAGCCGGUCCCCGCGUCCUUCUUCUGUAGACAGCCAGGACUUGCCAGAGGUGAAUGUUGGAGACACAGUCGCGAUGCUGCCCAAGUCCCGGAGAGCCCUCACCAUCCAGGAGAUCGCUGCGCUGGCCAGAUCCUCCCUGCAUGGUAUUUCCCAGGUGGUGAAGGACCACGUGACUAAGCCCACCGCCAUGGCCCAGGGCCGCGUGGCUCACCUCAUCGAAUGGAAGGGCUGGAGCAAGCCCAGCGACUCACCUGCAGCUUUGGAAUCAGCCUUCUCCUCCUAUUCAGACCUCAGCGAGGGGGAACAAGAAGCUCGCUUUGCAGCAGGAGUGGCCGAGCAGUUUGCUAUUGCAGAAGCUAAGCUCCGAGCAUGGUCUUCAGUGGACGGGGACGACUCCACUGACGACUCCUAUGACGAAGACUUCACUGGGGGAACUGACUCAGACAUGACUGGGUCUCUGGGGCCCCACCUCCAGGACCUCUUCACAGGUCGUCGGUUCUCCCGGCCAGUGCGCCAGGGCUCUGUGGAGCCCGAGAGCGACUGUUCCCAGACCGUGUCCCCGGAUACCCUGUGCUCUAGUCUCUGCAGCCUGGAGGACGGGUUGCUGGGCUCCCCGGCCAGGAUGACCUCCCAGCUGUUGGGUGAAGAGCUGCUCCUUGCCAGACUGCCCCCGAGCCGGGAAAGUGCCUUCCGCAGCCUGGGUCCGCUGGAGGCCCAGGACUCACUUUACAAUUCACCACUCACGGAAUCCUGCCUUUCCCCUGCCGAGGAGGAGCCCGACUCUUGCAAGGACUGCCAGCUGCUCUGCCCACUGCCUGUGGGCAGCUGGGAAAGGCAGCAGCAGGUCUCUGAUGUGGCCUCUUCUGGGGUCACAUCCUUAGACGAGGAUGAGGUGGAGGCUGAGGACCAGUGACUCAGACAUGCCCGGUGGCGGCAUGCUUCCCCUGGCGGCUGCCUGGGGCAGAGCCUCUGCGGCCAAAAAAAACGUGGGCUCUGGAGCUCCGAGGGCUUCCGGGAGCGCUCACUUCUCCAUUGUGUGUUUUGCAUGAAAGUGUCUGGAGAGGAGGCAGGGGCCAGGUUUGGGGGCGCAUGUACUGCUUCCACUCUUGGGGUUUGCCGGGGCUUGCCCGGGACCCCCUGGGGCAUGGCUACAGCUGUGGCAGACAGUGACGUUCAUGUUUCUUGAAUCCAAAAUGCCACAUUUCCUCCUGGGACGUGAACCUGAGGGGGGUCGUGUGGCUGGGCUGGGGGUGGGGUGGGGAUGGAGGAAGCCUGGCCACCUCCUCCACCCUCCCUUGUGCCCCUUCUCCUCUGCUUCUCUCUUCACCGAGUCCACGUGCUUGACUGAACCACCUGCUCCCGUGGGGCUGGCGCCCGCCCGCCCGCCCGCCCGCCCUCCUGGAGUCGACCGAUUGAGCCGCCCGUCCCCGAAGGGUCCCCUUGCCCGGCUGGGCGCUGCUGUGCCCCCCUCUCCACUGUCUCUAAACCUUUUUUUUCCUAAA